AUGUCUCAACGUCGAUUAUUGUUAAAUUCCUCGAUGUCCUCCGAGCGUUCUUUGCAUCAUCACGGAUCGAAUCUUUCUCACCUGAUCCAUUCAUCCUCAUCACCAGUAAUCAAUUACAGAUCAACCCACACCAAUCCGAGCUUGUUUGAAAGAUGUCUUGAAAAUCCAUUUGUUAAUUCAUCGUUGCAAUUGGAAGCCUCUCAUUCGCAAAAAUCCAAAAACCAAAUACUGUUAGAAUUGAUUGAAUGGAAUAGAGGAGAAUUUAUUUCAUGUAUUAAGGCAUGGGUGGAUGUCAUUGUAAAAACGCAAAUUGAUGAGCCUUAUCAAGCCCUGAUGGAAUCAUCAUCAAAACAUGGAGGAAGAGCGACUGCUUUGAAAAUCACUGCACAUGAUCUGGAUCCCUAUACGGGCAUAUCAGGAGUGUUGUACAUGCUCAUUUACUUGUAUAUCAAAGCCAAUAGUCAAUGCACUUGGACCUCGCCUCCUCCAUCCGAAUGUUCAUCACAGGGAGCAUCUGUUGAAACUCCAACUAGAGUCGAAAAUAGAGAAGAAUGCAGUGAAAUUAGUGAAGCGAAUAUUCCAUCUCCUUCACCUCAAAAUCUGAAUGUCAAUUUGUUUUCUCUACAAUAUUUGAAAGAAAAGAUUGAACAUUGUGUGAAAAUUAUUGAAUUAGUCAUUAAGGGAAGUACCAUACAAUUGGACAAUGGAGAUAUCAGCAUGAUUGGAGGAAUGAUGGGAUGUUUUACAUUGUGUGCUGUUGCAUAUGAUAUUCUUGGAGAUAGGAAUAAUAGUGAGAUGAACAUGGCACGCAUUGAACACUAUAUUUCAAAAUUGUGUUUGGUGAAUGUUAGCAAUAAUCAAUCCAAACCAAUAUCGAACGAAUGGCUUUUUGGAAGAAUUGGUUAUGUGUACGGAAGGGCCUUUCUUCGUGCAUACAAGGCAUGGAAUGAAAAUUGGAUUGCUGGAAUCUCUUCGCCGAGUCAUGAAAGCCCCUUUGAAAAUGAUUCAGAAAUUACUCAAGUUGUGAAUGAAAUUCUCAAAGACGGCUCUUCUCAUCACAAGAAUUCAUACAUGUGGGAAUGGCAUGACGAAAAGUAUCUAGGAAGCGUACAUGGUGUGGCUGGAAUCACCACCAUACUAUUGGACAUUCCCAAAGUUAGGAAAAAUCAGGAAGUAUACAGCAAGAUAUUGAAUACUAUUAAUUCAAUCAUGAGUAUGCAAUAUCCUGAUGGAAAUUUUCCUUCUUCAUUGGGAAGUAAAACGUCACGAUUAUUACAACUAUGUCAUGGAGCGACUGGAUAUGUUGGCUUGCUUCUAAAAUUAUAUGGACUUACAGGUGACAGUACGUAUGUGGACUCGGCUAAAAAAUCUUGCCAUUGCUUGUGGAUUUAUGGACUUCUCAAGAAAGGGCUUGGUCUUUGUCAUGGAAUCUUUGGAAAUUUAUUUCCAUUUCUUCAAAUGUAUACAACACUUCAAGAUGAAGAAUACUUGUAUAAGGCCAUUCGAUUUGCUCAAUUUGGUUGUGAAAAUCAGAGUUCACUGAUAUCCACUCCAGAUCAUCCUUUCUCAUUGUUUGAAGGAAUUGCUGGAUCUGUGAUUGUUUUGGACGGACUUUUGAGAUGUAUGGAUUGCUAUCAAUGUGGUGCAUCUCCUAGUCCCACUUCCAUUCACAUGCCAGGGUUUGACCUCAACCUUUUCAUGAAUUAG